AUACCGUCAGAUGGCGUUGCAAUACGAUGGCGAAUUCGCCGAUAAUAGUUUGUUGGCUCCUGGUCAGCAUCUGGUCUCGCGCAAUGAUUAGAUUAAUUAGAUUAUAUGGUUAGGAUCAUCUAGUUUGUAAGGGUCGUGUAAUUUGUAUCAACUUUUUAUUAUGGCUUCCUUGGUUGCGGAUUACGGGACUUCCUCUGGUUCGGAUAGCGGAACGGACGACGAAGAUAUUGUCACGGAUAAUGCCUUUAAGGGUGCUGAGAAGGUAGAAUUGGAGAGAGAAGAAGAUGAAGAAGAAGAGGAGGAUAAUAAAGAGGAGAACAAUGGAGAGAAUGGCAAACACAUGAGAAUAAUUGAAACAACAGCUUCCAAAGAAAAGCUUCCAUUGCCGACACCAGAUUUUAACAGCGCACCUACGUUAUUAAGAACAUCAGUGUUCUUAAAUCCAUUUGUUGAAGCAGAACGAGCAAAAAGUGCAAUUUUAGAGAAGCAUGUGAAGAUGACACCUACAUUGGAUGACACAAAGAUGAUAAAUGGUCGUAAGAUCUGCUGGAACUAUCGAAAGGGUCGCUGCCGUUUUGGUCAUAAUUGUACUUUCGCUCAUGAUUCGGAUCUGCAUCGCAGCGCAACUGAAUUAGAGGCUUUACGGACUCCACAAGAGACGUUGGUUUGUCAAACUCGAUAUAAUGGACAGCAGCAGCAGCAGCAGCAACAACAACAACAACAGCAGCAGCAGCAGCAGCAGCAGCAAACACUGCCGGCCGUAAAUGAUGAUGAGAAUGAGGUGGAUCAGGAAAAUAAUCAGACAGCGAAUAGAAAAAGGAAGAAGAGGCCCGGUCUAUGCCAACUGUUGCUUCCGAGCAAAAAGAUCUAUAAGCGAUUUAAAGCGCAACAACAACAACAACAACAGCAACAACAAACCAAAACUAGAUGAAUAGUAUUUCUUUAUUUGGUAUAGUAGUAAGAGAUAAAAUUGUCUUCUAGCCAAGUUAUUAUAUAUUUUUUGCGAAUGAGAAAGUACAUGCGCAACGAGCAAUUUCAUAGACAUCGUACUUUCCUAUAAUAACAGAUGAUUCUUGCAGAAAAUUUUUAUCGACCAGAUUUAAAUUAAAAAAAAACUUUGGAGAAAAUUUUAAAAGAUAAUUAUAAAUGAUUAAAAAUAAUAUGAGAAAUGGAAAAGAUCAUUGCAAGCAAUUUUAAAAUUGCUAGCAAUGCUAGCAAUAUUUCAAUAGAUGAAAUUUUAAUUUUUUAUUGGCAAAGUAGAAGUUAUUAGCAAUGAGAUUAACGGAAAUCUCGUAUCUUAUCUAAGAUUUAGAUUAACUUUUAAUUAAAUAAAUUGCGCAAACAAGGUCGAUAUAGAUAUGUAAAGGGAAAAGAAAAAAAUUCCGAUUUAUGCUUCCAAUGCGAAACAUGCAAUAGAAUAGGAAUUAUAUUUGAGAAACUUUUGUGUCUCGUAUAAGUUUGCAAAAGACUACCUGAUGCAUGCGCAAAGUAAGCACAUGUUGAAACCUUAAGAUUUGUCUUUUGUAACGCGAUAACGCGUAAGAUGUCUUCUCGUUUUUCCAUAUUUAUCAUUACUAGCCAAUAAUUUACUAAACACUUGUAGUAUUAUUCAUUCAUGAGAAUACCAAAUGUUGUUUUAUAGUAAAAUUCAUAUACAGAAUAUUAUAUAUUACAAUUGUAACAUAUAACGCAGAUUUGAAUUUAUAUUUUCCUUUCUAUUCUGCAUUAUAAAAAAACGACGCGCGCGCGCGCGCGUGUGUGUGUGUGUGUGUGUGUGUGUACUAUCGUUCGUAAGUUCCGACACUCUUAAAAAUAAAAAAUAAAAAUCUUAAAUUUCCCAAGCAACAUAUUAAUCCGUGACAGAUAUUUUUAUUUUAUAAUUAAAGAGAAUGAAUAGUCAAAUUAUAAUGUUGCCAAAAUAAAAAAGAUUGCACAAAAAAAUGUAUUUUGUUUUAGAGUUUUGGACAUGAAUGAUAGUGUACUUAUAACAACAAUACUUCCAUGCGUUUUUGUGAAUCUAUGAUUAAUCUAAGCGCCUUACUUGAUUGUUUUUUUUUUUAUAAAUGUUUAUUUUACAUUUUCAUGUAAUGCGAUCAAUGAGACAAAUUCGAUACUUUAAGUCAGAUGUAAUUACAAUAUUUGUAGGCAUCGUAGAUGAAAAAAUUAUUUACUAAUAUACAUAAAAUACAAUAAUUUUUUUAAGAAGAAAUUAUGUUAAUAGAUCAAAACAAAAUAAAAAAAUCAUUGAUAAGUGAAAUAUUUGACUUUAAGUGGCCGAACAAUAAUUUACCAACAUGUUAUUUGUUGGAGAAGAAAAUAAUGACUAUAUAAUUACGGCAAUAUAGAUCUAAAUAAGAGAAUCAGAAAAAAAACUAAAAUGAAAAACUAAAAUGAAAUUAUCAUGACUUGAAAAAGAUUUCCUCGGGUUUCCGAGGAUUUCUAAAAGGUUGCCAAUAAAUGAUUCAGCUGUGCUGAAACAAUGUCUUGCCAA